UUUUGAAGUCCUGGGUAGAAAUGCAAGAAAUCAACCAUUCCCUUGAAUUCAACAAUGGCGUCGAUCUCGGGUCUUCGUUGUCGCAGAUCAUAUUAUCAGGCGGCUCGAAUACUUUAGAUUCCGUGUUUUCCCAUUGCCCAACUCCAUCAACCGCCAUUAACGAGCCAUUAGGCUCAUCGGUCUAUCUCCGGCAACGAGAUCUCCUACAAAAAUUCUGCCAACAAAACAGAGGAAGCCCUUCGGUUUCACGAAAAUCCACAAAGGGUAUUCUUCAAAACUACCGAAACCCACCAUCGACGACCAAUUACUGGAGCAUCACUCAAAAGAAGAAGCUAUACAGAGGGGUGAGGCAAAGGCAAUUGGGAAAGUGGGUGGCCGAAAUCAGACUGCCGCUGAAUAGAGUACGUGUAUGGUUAGGCACUUACGACACGGCCGAAGCCGCCGCUUAUGCUUACGAUCGCGCCGCGUAUAUGCUCCGAGGCGAAUACGCGAGGCUGAAUUUCCCCGCCGUGAAUGACGUGACCGAGUUGGGGUUUGCAGACUGUGCUAAACUGAAUGCUCUGAAGAACACGGUGGACGCUAAGAUUCAAGCCAUUUGUCAAAAGGUGAAAAGAGAGAAGAAAGCUGCAAAACAAGCGAAAGUAUCGGAGCCAUUCCCGUCGUCUUAUCCGUCGUUGUCGUCGCCGUCGCCGAAUGUGUCGGAAGAUGGUUUUUGGAGAUGUGAGAACUCACCGUCCUCCGAUUUGAAUGAUUAUCCGACGGUAAUUACAGAGGAGCCGAUGUUUGAAGAAUGUUCGCUUGCUAGAAUGCCGUCUUUAGAUGCUGAAUUGUUGUGGGAGAUUCUUGCUAAUUAAGAUAAUAAAUUUUUUGUUUUCACUUUUUUGAGAAAAAAAUGAAGACUUUUAGCAGAAAGCUGUAACUGGUAGCAUUUUUGUUGGGGGUUCUUACUUCUUAACAAUGGUGUC